UUCUCUCUUUUUUACUUUCUUCGUUUGCUCGACAUAAUUUCUUAAAUUUUUUAGUUUCGGCCGUCUAAUAUUUUAUUUUGCUUGAUAUUUUGGCUCGCAGAUAUCCACAGCAAUGGCAUUGGCAUCGGCGGAGACAAACCGCUUCGCGGCUCGAAGCUUUGUGCCCACAGUUAGCAUAUCACACAACAAGAGAAAGAGACUGGAGCUGGUGUUGAGCAUACUGGGCAAUCCAGUCGUCAUUCACGAUAUCCAGCAGCGCAAGGCAGUGGUGCGCGGCACAGUGGCCAUAAUCAGCCGGCAGAUCCAGUGCGCUCGCGAGGUAACUCUCCAGCUGACCGGCACCACAGUGCUUACGAACGCGCAGCAGAUGGGAGGCUCUACCACCAGCAGACGCACAUUCUUAAAGCUGGAGCAAACGUUGUCCCAGCCGAUGCUGAACAGCAAGCGCCACAGCCACAGCCACAGCCACAGCCACAGCCACAGCCACAGCCAUAACUGCAACCAAUAUGCGGUGGGCACAUAUACCGUGCCGUUCGAGUUUGUUCUGGAGGAGGCACCAGCGCCAGAAACCAAGCCAAAACAUGGGUUGCUGGGCUUUGGGUUUGGUCCCCGUGCGGUCAGGGCGCAGGCAGGGCUAGCACUGGUCAGGUACCCGCCAAUUGGAGACCCUGGCACAUUUGUAGCUUGCAUUCAGCCGGACACAAGAACGGGUGUGCUCUGCGUCUUUGCUGGCGGCGAUUCGGCGCUGGUUUACCGCCCGCGGCAUAGCACAAAUGGCAACACGCCGAUUGAGCCCAGCCACUCUCACCACACUAUCGGGUCGCGCUGCUACAAGGUGCGCGCCCAGCUGGUGCAGAAGGUCCGGUACCUGACGAAUCACGAUCUGGUCGCCGAUGCAAACGACGACGUGUACAUGUUCUGGACCAAGCGUGUAGUGGCCGAGGAAAAAGUGGCUGAUAUUCUCGAUUUAGCAGCAACCAUCGACGAGCUGCAGACGACACACGUGCAGUGGACGCUGGCAGUGCCCCACGAUGCCCAGGGCAGCCUGCAGUCCAAGGAAAUCCAGGUGCAGUACGAUGUGUAUGUUGACUUUUUCCCGCUGCGGCACGAGUCAGAGGGCUUCUCCGCGCGAGGCAUGCUGAAAAGUAUAGGUGCAAAGCCUGGUAGCCACCCUGUGUCUUGCAAACUGCCACUGCUCAUUAUGCCGGUGCCUGUGUCUGCGCUGCUGGCCAGCCCGCCGGUGUAUGCUGCAGACUGAUACAUCUUUUAAUUAUUAGUUAUUUUAAUUAUUUUGUGCUGCCCAUAGCUUGUUCAAAUUGCAGUUUUUUGCAGUCACACAACGACCAAUGUCGCCACCGCAGUGCACCAAUACAAUGUGUUUAAUGACAAGAAUACCAUACCACUCAUUCUCUUCUCUUAUUACUUUUUCAUUUCUAAUUUUAUAUUA